UCAAGGUCAAGCUCAAGGAUACACCCUUCCUUCCUUGUUCAACAACCAAAGUUUUGGCUGCUGCUGCUUUGAAGCUGACUCACUUUUCAACAUCUGAAUCAAUUUAAUGGAUCUCCUCCUGGACUUGUUAUUUUUGAGCAUCAACUUAUAUCAUUAACUGCUGUGCCUGCGCAAGACCUACUAACUUCACUCACUCUAUUGUCUAUUGUAUCAACGCUCAACACAACAUUCUGCCACCUCAACCUUAUGGGGGAGUGGGUUAUCGGAGCCUUCAUCAACCUUUUAGGCAGCAUUAUCAUCAACUUUGGAACCAACCUUCUUAAAUUGGGUCAUGAUGAGAGAAUAAAACAUUCUGCCCUAGGCAAUGAGGGAACAAACGGGAAGGCUGCAAUGAAGCCCAUAAUACAUUUCCAAACCUGGAGAAUUGGAAUCAUUUUCUUUGCUCUUGGAAACUCUCUUAAUUUCAUUUCAUUUGGAUUUGCUGCUCAGUCGCUCCUUGCAGCUCUGGGUUCUAUACAGUUUGUCUCUAAUAUUGCAUUUGCCUACUUUGUAUUUAACAAAACAGUUACUAUCAAAGUAAUGGUGGCCACAACUUUUAUUGUUCUUGGAAACAUCUUUCUUGUGGCGUUUGGCAACCACCAGUCACCUGUUUACACACCAGAACAGUUGGCGGAGAAGUAUAGCAACAUCACAUUUCUUCUAUAUUGUCUGAUUUUGGUUCUAGUAGUUGCUUUUCAUCACUCGGUGUACAGGAGAGGAGAACUGUUGCUCAAUGUCCCUGGAAAUGACCUGAAGCCCUUUUGGCAAAUGCUGCUUCCAUUUUCAUAUGCUAUUGUUUCAGGCACUAUUGGGUCAUUUUCAGUAUUGUUUGCAAAAUCACUCUCAAACUUGCUAAGGUUGUCCAUCUCAAACAGUUACCUAUUACACAGUUGGUUCACGUACUCAAUGCUUCUGCUAUUUCUUAGUACAGCAGGAUUUUGGAUGGCUAGGUUAAAUGAAGGACUUUCUCGGUUUGAUGCAAUACUUAUCGUCCCCAUGUUUCAGAUUGCUUGGACCUUCUUUUCUAUUUGUACAGGAUUUGUGUAUUUCCAGGAAUAUCAGGUAUUUGAUGCUCUACGGACAACAAUGUUUGUACUUGGUGUGAUGUGUGUUUUCAUAGGCAUAUCUUUGCUUGCCCCGGAUGACUCUAAAGGAACUCAAACCAAGGAUAGUUCUCUUGUUUCUGCUUCAAGUCUGUCAAAUGAUGUGGAGAGGCUGAUUAUGCCAUUGGAAGAUCCUCAACUUAAAGAUGUGAAAUCAUUUUCUCAUGUAGUGCUGAUGAAAGCUGUAAAUCUUAUUGUCAAGGCUAAGGCUGCAUGUUCAUUAUCAUUAGGAUUGGGAGAUGAUUCACUUCAAGCAUCUUCAGUGCUGGUGAUGCCCAUGGUUUCAUCUAAAAUAACAGGCUUCCGAGGAAAUGGCGUUGAUCAAGCUAAACUAUUCCCUGGUAGAAGCCAGGGUUGGAGAAGAAUUUCAGUGGAUGAGGAUUGUGAGACAAGUGCAAUGCUCCCCCCACAGAGUAUGGUGUGAAGUCAAGAGAUUUACCAAGGUUUCGAGGGUAUUAUACUUUAAUGUCCAUAUAUUGAUAUUGAUUGGUAUUAAUAUUUAAUAGUUGGAUUUGGGUUAAGGGGUAGGGGCAUCAUUUAUUUAUUCGAGGAUGAUUAAUUUAUACUAGUUUAGUUUCCAGUGGUGACUGAGAGUUGAGUUGAUGAAUUGGUGGUGAAGUUUUUGGGCAGAAGAAAAGGAGCUACAAGUUGUCAUCAUCUACAAUGAUCAAGCUUGGUAUAGCUUAAUUUAGUUAGUAUUGUGCAGGCAGGCAGGCAGGCAGCAGGGUAGGGUUGUAUAUAACUAGACUAGAAAUGGUCAUGUGUAACUAAAUAUACUUACUAUAUACUGUACUAUGGUCAGGGUGGUUAGUAAAUAUGAAUAGUAACCUUGUGGGGUGGUAGUUGAUAUCUGCUGAUGUAUACAAUACCAAUACCAAUACCAAUUGUAAGAACAGAACCCACGGAAUUGAAGUGGGGAUUUUGAUAAAUUUGUUACAAU